AUGACUUCAUUUGAGGCUCUAUAUGAAAGGAGAUGUAAAUAUACUAUUGGUUUGUUUAAGGCAUAUAAACCUGCUUUAAUAGGGCCAGAUGUAGUAUUUGAUGUGGUUGAGAAAGUUCAGUUGGUACCAGAGUGGCUGAAGACAACCCAAAGCCAUCAGAAAUCUUAUACAUACGUGCACAGAAGGGACCUUGAGUUUAAGGUUGGUGAUUUGGUCUAUUUGAAGAUUUCACCUUUGAAAGGAGUGAAUAAAUUUGACAAGAAGGGAAAACUCAUCCCCUGUUAUGCUGUCCCUUAUAGAUUCUUGAGUCGCUUUGGGAAAGUAGCUUCUGAGAUAGAGCUGCCUGCAUAUUUAGCAUUAGCACAUCUGGUAUUUCAUGUUUCCUUGUUAAAGAAAUGUAUUGAUGAGUCAAAUGUAGUUUUUCCUAUAGAAAAUAUGGAUGUUAAGGAUAGUCUUUCUUACGAAGAAGUUCCAGUUGAUAUCCUUGAGCAUCAGAUCUGUAGACUAAGGAACAACAAAGUUCCCUUUGUAAAAGUUCUUUAG